AUUCACGACCCUUUGAGAAGAAAGGGAUGUCCAGUCUUCUAUAUACAAUGUGUAGUCACUAAUGUUUGUUUAAUAAAAUAUCUUUUGCAAUAACUAUAAAAUUGAAUAUAUAAAGAAUUGUAUAGAAACUAUUGGUACUUGUGUUUAAGAAGAUCCAUAUUUUUAUUGUAAAUACUACACUGUGGUUAAAACAAAGAUUACAUAAUGGCUGCAUUCCCACUAAAAAAAGUAGAAUUACAAACUGAUGUAUAUAUGACAUGCUUGCAGCAUGCUUUGUCAACAGAAAGAUUCGAAGUAAUGGGUCUGCUGCUUGGGGAUACAGUAAACGGUGUUGCUAACAUCAUAGCAGUCAUUAUUUUGAGACGUUUGGAUAAAAAAAAAGACAGAGUAGAGAUUUCACCUGAACAGUUAAUGGAAGCUGUUAACGAAGCAGAACGGUUAACAGAAGUAUUAGAACGUCCAGUACGCGUUCUUGGAUGGUAUCAUUCCCAUCCACAUAUUACAGUUUGUCCAUCGCGUGUUGAUGUUAGAACUCAAACAAGCUACCAGAUGAUGGACAUUGGUUUUGUAGGUUUGAUAUUUUCAGUAUUUUCAGAAAGUAAAGAAUCUAAGGAACAAGAAAUUUCUUUGACUUGUUUUCAAUCUCACAAUGAUGAAGCAAGAGAAAUUCCAUUGGAAAUUGUAUACACUCCAACAAUAUCGAAGAUAUGUUUAAAAACUAUGACAGAUUUAUUAAAGAUUUUGGUUCAAGAAGAAGAAGAGAUGGCGGAAACGUACAAAAAUCACCAGGAUAUUCUUGCCAGCAUACACAAUAAUGCUGUGAGAACACGGUCAUUGGUGCACAUCACGGAUAUAAUUACUAAGCCUUUGGUAUUAACAUUUGAGAAAAGAAUAGCUUUAAAUAAAUUACGCGCUGCUCACCUUCGAAGACAAUUACAAGAAUUACAAAAAGUAUGCAAUGGAUAAUAAUUGCUAACAUGGUCAAUCAUUCAUCCUUUUCUUAUGUAUUAUAAUUUAUCUUAAAUUCAGUAUUUUAUUAUUUUAUAUUAUAAAUUUGUUACUUAUUCUCAUGCAAGUUCUGUGUGUAAAAUGAAAAACGUUAUUGAAAUAUUAAAACA